AUGGUCGGCGUCCCCCACAGCACAGGCUGCGCUUUAUGCCGAGAACGCCGCAUCAAGUGCGACCAAGCAAUCCCCGACUGCACCCAAUGCCGACGCUACGGCCGGCCCUGCCCAGGGUACCGCAAAACCUACCGCUUCCAAGACGAGCGCCCCGGCCUCGAACGCAAGCACCGGUCAUCAUCGACGACGACCUCCUCCCCACGCGACCCCAGCACCGCAUCUCCCCCAACCAUCAACACAACACCUCCCAUGCAGCGGAAUCCCGCCGAGCUAGCCAACGACACCGACGAUGACAGCAACAACCAACGGCUCCUCUUCGUGGAGUUCCUAGCCACUGCAUUCCCGACAGGAUGGGCGCACGUCGGAACCCGACUAAUGGCCAACGAAGGCGAAGACGCAUCUCGACUGCAAGCGCAGACAGCGCGGCUAUGCGGGGGACACGGGUUCCAAGCUACAGCGACGGCGUGUCUGACGGGGAUAUACGUGGCGCGGGCGCGGGGCAGCGCGGGGAUGGAGGGGACGAGCCGGCGACUUUAUGCGCGGGCCUUGCGCGAGGUUGAGCGCGGGCUGGACUGCGCGGAGACGGCCAUGUCGGGGGUGAUGGUCGGGGCGGUGAUGAUGUUGGCUGUUUAUGAGAUGUAUGCGCGGACGAGCGUGGAUGCGUUUGUCGUGCAUGUUGAGGGGGUGGAGAGGGUUAUGUGUGAGCGGGGUGCGCGGGCGCAUGAGCGGGGCCUGGCGCGGAGCUGUUACCUUGCUUUUCGGGGGUUGUUGGUUGCGACGGCUAUUUUUGAGGGGAGGGGGUGUUUUCUUGAGGGGGAGGAGUGGGUGCGGUUGGCGAGGAGGGUGGGCGAGGAGGAUAGUCGCCGGUGUGGGGGUGGUUGGGGGAGGUUUGUGAUGAUGUAUGAGGAGGUGUUUGCGCAGGUGGUGCGCGUGCCGGGGUACUUGGAGGAGGCGAGGCGGGUGAGGUCGGAGAGUGCGGAGCGGGAUUUGGUACGGCGGAUGCGCGAGACAAGGGCCCAGUUGAGGGAGUUGGUAGCGGCCAUGGAUGGGUGGGCGGGUUCGUCGGGGAGGGACUCGGCGCCGUCGCUGCUGGUGUGGGGAGCGGGGAGUGCGGUCGCCCUGCUGGAUGCCCUUCUGGGUCGGCUGCGCGUGCAGGCUGGUCCGCUGCGCUUUCGGGUGGUGACGGAGUUGGGGAGAGGGGGGGAGUCGCUGACCUGGCUGGACCGGGUUGCUUCGUCUAUGGGGAUGCUGGGGACGGAGAUUGUCUUUUGA